AUGUGGAGAAUAAACCUGUGGGAAGGCACAGAGUUAGUGGUAGCAGAAUUUCACAAAAAAAUCAAAGAUGCUUUUGAAGUGUUUGACCAUGAGGCGAAUAAUACAGUGGAUGUGAGAGAGAUCAGAACAAUUAUCAGGUCACUAGGGUGCUGCCCAAGCGAAGGAGAGCUGCAUGACCUGAUCGUAGAGAUAGAGGAGGAAGAACCCACUGGAUACAUUCGAUUUGAAAAAUUUCUUCCAGUGAUGACCAAAGUACUACUAGAAAAAAGGUACAGACCAAUUCCAGAAGAUAUCCUUCUUCGAUCAUUUGAGGUGUUAGAUCCAUCCAAACGUGGAUUUCUAACUAAGGAAGAAUUGAUCAAGUAUAUGACCGAAGAAGGUGAGCCUUUUUCUCAGGAAGAAAUGGAAGAAAUGUUGUCCGCUGCAAUUGACCCAGAAUCGAAUUCCAUUCGUUACAAGGACUACAUAGCCAUGAUGGUGGUAGAUGACGGCUAGGUGUCCUGAAGACUUAAUUUCUCAUUGAAAGGAUGACUGUAAAGAUGGCCUGUCUUUGUUAAUUUUACAUCUUAUAAUUCCUACACAUGCUAAUUAAUACCUGGUGACAACUAUUUCAAGAUACUUUGUUUUUUUAAAGAUGAACACAAAUUUAUUUGGUAUGUCUAGACUUAUAGAAUGACAAAUGACUAAUUAUUUUAAAGCCAAUUCUUUAAAACAUUUUAACAU